AUGGAUCAUAAACCAUUAGAAUGGUUAAAUUCAGUAUCUGAUCCUACGUCACGAUUAAUGAGGUGGAGACUAAAAUUAGCGGAAUACGAUUAUCAAAUAAAAUACAAACCAGGAAAAAUAAAUAAAAAUGCUGACGCUUUGUCCAGGAAUCCUAUCGAAGAAAUUAAACAUGUAUAUCCUUUGAAUGCAAAACGAGCAUUAUCAUCUUCAAGUGAAGCCUCAGUAGGGCAAGAACAUAAAAAACAAAAAACAUUUCACCCGAGUUUUAAAAGAGCAAUGGAAAGUGAAGGAUCAGGAAAUCCAGCACCGCAUAAAAAGAACAGACCUGAUGAACCAUCUCCUUAUAUAGAUUCAGAUAGUGAAGAAGAAAUAUCACCUAGAAGUAAAUUUUUAAAAGCUUUAGACAGUAGCAGUGACAGUGGAACAGUUUCAUAUUAUUAUGAAACCGACUAUGAUACCGACGAUCCAGAAAUAUGUCAAAAAGGUGAAAAAAGGAAACAUGAGAGUAGCUCUUCUACCCACAUAAGACGCAGAAAGCGAAAGCAUAAGAGAACAAAGAAACACCGUAAAGAUUCCAGUCCAAAGAAACUUGACGAAUCCCAUGAUGACAGUAAAGACGCAAUGUUGCAUGUGGAUGAAGCUGAAGGGCGCGGCCCGCAAGAGCGUCUUAGCGAUGACGACGCCGCCUAUGAGCCGCUGCAGGAAGCAACCGCUCCCGACGACGCACGCGCUUCACGCAAGAGACCGAGCGGAAGCCACACAACGGGUGUCCCGAAAAAACGAAUCGAUGAUAAAAAAUUUUAUAAUGAAAAAGAAAUGCAUAAACAACAAGAGGAAUCUGAAGAUGAGGCUAUGGAAAUAACAUCACAAUCUAGCGACAGCCAUCAAAAACACACUAAUAUUGAA